AGAGGAGCAGGAGGAGAAGGAGGAGCAGGGCAAACCAUGGAGCUGUAGGGACAUGCUCAGAUGCCCAUGCAGAUCAUCAGUGGAGGAGGAGUGCCCCUGAGGAGAAGAGCACUGCAAUGAACAAGACUAAGAGAAAGCCAACUGUGGAUAGCCCUGGAGUGCUGAAGAAAGGGAAGCAGGUCCAGCGAAGGAGAAAUACAUGUCCCAGCCCUCAGGACAUCUCCCGGGCCCUGCAGAGCCCCAGCUCUGCUCCCAGUGCCAGCGCUGCCAGCCUGGAUGAGCUCAUACAGCGCUGCCUAAACUGCUUCGAUUCAGAGGGGAAGUUUUCCAGCCCAAGAGGGUCCCAGUUAGUCCAAAUGACCCUGAUGAUGCACAGCUGGGUUGUUCCAUCUCAGAUGUUCGCCCAGAAACUUCUCACCAUUUACAAGGAUUGUCCUUCAGACAAGAGAGGACUCAGACGGACACAGGUCUGCCACCUCAUCAGGCAGUGGAUAAGCCAGUUCCGGGCGGUAUUUGAAGCAGACCCCCUCCUUGAGCAGACCAUGGGGGAUCUGUGGGCACUGGUACGGGCAGACGGGGAGGAAACGCACUCACAGCUUAUUGACACCUCCUGCCUAAGCCCUGAUGUGAACAUAUUCCAGGCACCGUCACCCUCUGUGAAGAAGAGGAAGGUAUCUUUAAUUUUUGACCACAUGGAGGCAGAUGAGAUGGCUGAGCACCUCAGUUACCUGGAGUUCAAGAACUUCUGCAGCGUUUCAUUCUUGGACUACCGCAGCUAUGUGGUGCGAGGCUCAGUGAGGGACAACCCUGCUCUGGAGCGGUCGGUCAUGAUGUGUAACGGAGUUUCCCAGUGGGUCCAGUUGAUGAUCCUCAGCAGACACACAGCCCAGCAGAGAGCACAGGUCUUCACCAAGUUCAUUCAUGUGGCUCAGAAACUUCGAGCUCUGCAAAACUUCAACACUCUAAUGGCAGUGACGGGAGGCCUCUGUCACAGCUCCAUCUCCCGCCUCAAAGACACAUCUAACCUGCUGCCUCCAGACGUAACUAAGGCCCUGAGUGAGAUGACAGAGCUGCUCUCAUCUCGCAGUAACUACAGCAACUAUCGGCGAGUUUACAACGAGUGCAGCGGCUUCAAAGUUCCCAUUCUGGGCGUCCAUCUGAAGGAUUUAAUCUCACUGAAUGAGGCGCUGCCUGACUACAUAGACGAGGACAAGAUUAACCUAAGCAAGCUGCAGCACCUGUACAGUAACAUCAACGAUCUACUGGCCAUUCAUAGCAUCACACCACCUUUCGAGGCCAACAAAGACCUUCUGCAUCUGCUCACGCUCUCUCUAGAUUUAUACUACACUGAGGAUGAGAUAUAUGAACUUUCAUACACAAAGGAACCCAAGAACCCCAAAAUCCAGCCUGUAGCACCAGUUAAACCGCCCGUGGUGGCAGAGUGGGGUUCAGGGGUCACACCCAGGCUCGACCCUGACACCAUAUCUAAACACGUCAAACAGAUGGUGGAUUCCAUCAUGAAAAACUACGACCAGAACCAGGAUGGCUAUAUCUCUCUUGAGGACUUUGAGAAAAUAGCAGCCAACUUCCCCUUCUCCUUCUGCACUCAUGAAACUGACAGGGAGGGACAGAUCAGCCGUGAAGAAAUCACCUCUUACUUCAUGAGGGGAAUGUCUGUGUGUGCUAAGCUGGGCUACAACUUCAAUGACGUGCACAAAUUUCAUGAAACCACAUAUAAACGCCCAACGUUUUGUUAUAUCUGUGGAGGCUUUCUAUGGGGAGUCAUCAAACAAGGCUACCACUGUAAAGAGUGUGGGAUAAACUGUCACAGACACUGUAGAGACCUGGUGGGAAUGGAGUGCUCAAAGAAACACAAAAACACAACGGGGUCUUGUCCAUGUACUCCUGGCCUCGACUCACGAACCAAGGGUAACACCUGGGGUUCAGAAGAGGAGACCUUCGUUUUCCCCCAAAGCAACGAGACAGACCACAACAAGGGAUCCUCUGUUUGGACAAAUAACACCAGUGAUUCAACGCUGUCAGACCGCUCUACUCAGACAGACCCUGGAGUGUGGACGCCGGAGAAAAGGGACCAGAGAGGAAACCAUCACAACUCUCUUGUCCAUGCAUCCCCAGAGAGAAGGGUCAACACUUUGCCACAGAGAGCUCGAGGUUGCUCCAUGCCCGUUUCCUUCCUGCAGGAGAAGAUGGAGGAGCUUCAUUUUUACAAAGACAAGAGCAGGGAGCCAGACUGAAGAAACCAUUAUUGAACAUUUAUUUCUCCUGAUGGACAAAACAUCAUCACCGCCAUGAGCUGGUGUUGAACUAAUGAGAUUUAUUGCCAUUCAGAAAGACUACCAGCAUCAUACACAGACUGCCUUAUAUUUCAAUCAUGGUUAUAAAACUAUUUUUCUUUGUCUGUCUAAUUAGUUUUGCUCAUUGUCUCUCUACCCUUCCAACACACAUUCUUCCUUGAUGUAACCUUUGAAAACGUUACUGUGUUCGUAAAACAGGAGUCUCAUUUCUCUGGUGCUAAGACUCUACUUAACUUCAAGCCAUACUGUCCUUAAUGACAACAGAUAUUCCUGUUCUGGUCCUCUAUAUAUUGUCUAUUUGCAGGGUAGAGAAAUAACACUAACCUCAACAAAUGUUAAAGGUUCAAUUUGACCUUGGCAGCUAUGACAACUCUGCUCAUGAAUUUCAAAGAAAUUUUAGAAGGCAGUGAUAUGAGGCCAUAGGAUGACAUUUUUUGCCAUUUACUGGUGCCUUAUCCUUAUGACAACUGGGAAUCAACUGGAUUGGCAAUUGAUUUACUACCUUGACACAUGAACGUUUUCCUUAAUCGUCAUAAAAUGAAAGUUCUUAGAUCUCAAUGUAUGUAUGUUGAAAAACUUGUAGCAAAAUCAUCAGCAACUACAAAUAGCAGAGGAAAUCAUUUUCUGCUGUAGCAUAAUUUAAAUCGCUCUAAGUAUUUUUAAAGAUCAGCAAGACCACACUGGAACUACGCUCUAAACCAGUGGUUUUCAGCUGUUGGGUCAGGACCCAAAAGUGGGACAAAAAGUUGUGCCUGAAUUUUGAAAAAUUGCAAAAAGCUGAAAUGGUGCAAAAGGCCUAAGCUAACAUAGAUCCAUAUACAUUUGUAUCCCAAAAAAAGAGAAUAUCAUCUUAUAGUUUGUUUUUUCCUUACUUUAAAAAGUUUAACUUCUAUAAAUUCUUGAUUCAUCUCAUGUAAAGUUAAAUAUUUCAAGAUUUUUUUAUGUUUUAAUCUUGCUGAUUACAGCUUAGAGCUCACAAAAAUCUAAAAACCAGGAUCUCAAUGUAUUAGAAUAUUGUGGGAAAAGUCCAGUUUUCAAACGUUUCCUGAGCCUUCAUUCUCUCACUCUGGUUCAGGACACACAACCACAAUCAUGGAGUAGGCUGCUGACUUGACAGUUGUCCAGAAGAUGAUCAAUGACACCAUUCACAAGGAGGGUAAGCCACAGAAGGUCAUUGCUGAAAGGGCAGGCUGUUCUCAGAAGCUGUAUCAAAGCAUAUUGAUGGGAAGUUAAUUGGAUGGGAAAAGUGUGAUAAGAAAAGGUGCACAAUCAACAGGGAUGAGCUCAGCCUUCAGAGGACUGUCUAACAAAGGAGAUUCAGGAGCCUAGAGGAGCUUCCGAAGGACUGGACUGAGGCCUGAGUCAGUGGAUCAAGAGCCACCACACACAACAGGUCCAGGAAAUGGGCUACAAGUGUUGUGUUCUUGGUUUUGAGCCACUCCUGAACCACAGACAUCGUAAGAGUCUGGGCUGAGGUGAAAAAGAACUGGACAGUUGCUCAGUGGUCCAAAGUCCUGUUUUCAGAUGAAUGUAAAUUUUGUAUUGGAUUUAGAAAUCAAGGUCCCAGAGUCUGGAAGACCUGAGAGGCACAGAAUCCAAGGUGCUAGAUGUCCAGUGGUUUUAGUUUCCACAGUCAGUGAUAGCUUGAGGUGCCAUGUCAUCUGCUGCUGUGGU